AUGAAUGGUAAGAGGGUGGAAAUACAUGACACACCACCUACCUGUGAGGACUUCCGCUCUAAUACCCCUCAACAGACCACACCAGCAGAGUCAACCCCAGCCCAAACAGAAGUUGAAUCAGAGGCAUUGGGGCCUCUCAUUGAUGGGAAUAGAACCAUUACACCUUCUUUGGUCCAUUCCCAGGAAAAUACUGAGAAGCAGAACGAGCGACCAGUUGGGGAGGGACCUCAACCGAAUGAGUAUACACCCCGAGUCCCUUUCCCUGAUGCUCUCAAAACUCCAUCCUCUCUCCCAUAUGGGAAGCAAGGAGAGAAGAUGAAGGAGAUGUUGGAUUUGUUUCAACAAGUCCACAUCAACCUUCCAUUAUUGGAUGCAAUCAAGCAGGUUCCAGCUUACGCUAAGUUUCUGAAAGACCUAUGCACUCAGAAGCGUAAGCUAAGGAACCAAACUCCCAAAACCAUACACCUCACAGAACAGGAAAGUGCAGUUAUCACUGACCUACCCCCCAAACUGAAGGAUCCUGGAGAGUUGAAGUCCACUAAAGUCAUACUUCAGUUAGCUGAUCGUUCUGUGAAAAGACCUUGCGGACUUCUAGAGGAUGUUCUUAUGAAGGUAGAUGAUUUAUACUUCCCAGUGGACUUCCUAGUCCUUGAUAUGGAAUCUACCUCAGCCAAGCUUCCCCCUAUCAUACUAGGGCAUCCAUUCUUGGCGACCGCCAAUGCUUGCAUUAACUGCAGGUCAGGUGCCAUGGACAUAUCAUUUGGGAACAAGAAGCUUCGGCUAAACAUCUUUAAUGCAUCCCUAGGACCCUACAGAGAAGACGAGUGCUUUGCUCUAGAUAUGAUUGAUGAAGCUGUAUCUCAGUACACUUCCCAGAUCCUUACAAAUGAUCCUCUACAACUUGUGAUGUCCUAUGGAGCAGAAGGCUUUGAUGAAGAGGCCUAUACUGAAGAGGUGAACGCCAUGUUAGAUCUUAAACCCUCUUCCAGGCAGCCUCCCUGGACCUAUAGAUAUGAGCCUUUGCCACCCUUGGCUACAUCCCCUAAGCCCUCUUCUCUGGAGUCCCCUCUACAACUGGAACUCAAGCCUCUGCCCCAUACCUUAAAAUAUGCAUUCUUGGGCAAGGAAGAGACUCUGCCGGUUAUCAUAUCCUUUGAUCUCACUAACAGGCAAGAGUCCCUCCUAUUGGAGGUUUUCUCAGCUCACAAAGCUUCGAUUGGCUGGUCUUUAGCUGAUCUGAAGGGUAUUAACCCUUCUGUUUAUAUGCAUCGUAUCUACUGUGAAGACGGAGCUAAAUCCAUGUGA